AUGAGGUUGCAAAAUAGUGACACUGUUUCUGAUCUAAAAGAAUUGAAAGAGUUUUCUAAUUGGAUAUUGACAGUUGGGGAUGGUAGUACUGGUAACUCAUUUGAUGGAAUUGACAAAGUUUUAAUACCAAAGAAUCUUCUAAUAAGUGAGUGUAUUGAUCCAAUAGCAACUAUUGUGGAAAGUACUUAUCCAGAUUUUAGUACUACUUGUAAUGAUGUUGGAUACCCACAACAAAGAGCAAAUCUUGCUCUGACUCUUGAUAUUGUGGAAUCAAUCAAUCAAUAUAGGAUAUCCUUGAAUCAUAAUCCUGAGAAAUCAUAUUUGAGUUCUGAUAAAAUAUGCAAGCCUGAUCAUACUUAUUCAGCUUUGGAACAUGUUGACACACCAGAUUUUUUGAGCACUAUUAAAUGUUCAGGAGUUUCAAAUCUUUCAAUCACUUUAAAAGUUGGAGUUCCAGUGAUGUUAGUAAGAAAUUUUGAUCAGACAGCAGGAUUAUGUAACGGAACUAGGUUGAUUGUUACCAAACUUGGAAAUCAAAUAAUUGUAGCAAAGGUUUUAUCUGGACAUAUGGUUGGAUAG